AGGCCCGACCCGAGCCCGCCGCGACGACGGCCGCCGGAGGAGGCGGGGAGCAGCGGCCGCCGGACCAAGACUUCAUAUUCAGAGCACCCAUUAAAUUAAGCAAACCAGGGGAACUCCGAGAAGAAUAUGAAAGCCAGCUAAGGAAGCUGAGAGAAGAAAAACUACAAGAAGAAAAAGCUUCCGAGGAUCUGAUUCACAAGUUCAUUCUAGAUGACAUGGAAGUAGGAAAAAGAAAAAUGGAAGAACAGCAGAAAAAAGAUGAACCUUUAAUGCUUAAAGUGAACCAAGAGUGUUUUCCUGAGCGUCUCUCAGAUUCAGAGAAUGAAGAACCAUUCCAGGGCAAGCAAACACAUCGGUCGGCUUUUGUUUCCAAGACCAGUGCCUACUCCUUUGCUUUCCUUUCAGGGAACCUAACCGCCAAGGUGGAAAGGAGUCGGAGCUGCAAUGACACCAUUCAGGAGAGAUCAAAGAGCAGGCAGAGAUCAGUCCCAGCCAACAAAACAAAGGUGCCACCCGUCACCAGCACGUCAACGCCACUGGUUGGAGUUUUGUCGUCCACCCAGAACAACCGCUGCCUCUCCGCCCCAGACCUGACGGCAGAGAAGCGCCUGGUUCUCAACCCCGUUUCGUCCCUCUCAGCCCUGCACAAGCCGGAGCGAUCCAUCAGCCCCGAAAGCAAUGACAGCAUCUCGGAAGAGCUCAACCACUUCAAGCCUAUCGUCUGCUCCCCAUGCACUCCUCCAAAGAGGCUUCCUGAUGGCAGAGUCCUGAGCCCUCUCAUUAUCAAGUCUACCCCGAGAAACCUGAACCGGAGCUUGCAGAAGCCGACCACCUACGAGGCCAGUCCUAGAAUACUGAAAAAAUGGGAGCAGAUAUUUCAGGAGCGCCAGAUCAAAAAGACUCUGUCUAAAGCAACCCUUACGUCCUUGGCUUCGGAGCCCGGAGAAGACGUUAUAGUUCCUGACAUCACCAACUCCAGCACUUGCACUAAAGAGCAGCCACAAAUACAGGAUGAUCACCUUCCACCUGACACAACAGGAGACCCUCGCCCUGAGCUGGAUUUCUUUCCUUCCAUCAGUGAAACGAAGCUGGGAAGAGGGAUUGAGAAGAACAGAGAUUCACAGGCCUUAACAACAGAUGACAGUGCUGCCGAACCAGAUGCGAGAUCAAAUGUCACCUCCGUAAACACACGAGUGUCCGAAGUCCCUGACCUAAAGGUGAACACGUUCAUGGACAAAUCCUGUCUUAGUCUUGGCCCAAAAAUGCUGAGCAGAAGACUCAUGGGUGUCAGUGCAUCGCUGCCUGACAACAGUGCACUAGGAGUCCCCAUCAAGCCAUCGGGAAAAAAGCAGCUGAAAUACCUGAACAAAAGCGAAUUGAUCAGCGUGCAGAACAGCACCUGCAAUUCUGUUGAGAACAUCAUUGGGGAACAGCCCCCGUCGCUGAGACGGGGCCGAAAGAGACGCUGCAAAACAAAGCACUUGGAGCACAAUGGCUCCGUCAAAAGACUGAGGCACGUGGCAGGGGAGGUGGGCUUGCCUCCGGAGGAUCGCUUGGUACGGGAGAUGGAGCAGAAGCUCCAGCAAGAGGAGGAGGACAGGAGGUUGGCCCUGCAUCUGCAGCGGAUUUUCGACAGCGAAAACAGGACAGUGGAUAGGCGGAAAGUCAGAGUCGAUCGGUAUCUGCUGCGGUCAAAGAGCACUCUGGGUGCUAAGUAGCACUGUUGGACAAUGUUGCCUUUCUAGAGGACGAUGAGGUUUAUCAGAUUAUCUUAUAGGAAAACUAUUUUUUGUCAUACUUCCACCCACAACAAUUGUUUUUUGGUUUUGGUGGUAAGACACAUGUAGGUCCAGUUCAGAGAGAAGCCAGAGUCCUUUCAGAUUAAAAAAAAAAAAAAAAAGAGAGAGAAAAAAAUCCUCCAGCUUUCUGGUCCAUUGGUCUGAAAGAAGUGUCCGUCGUCCUUGUGAAUACACUGCAAUGCCUCUACAUGCAGUUGGUGACAUUUGGGUUCCCCAGCUAGGAGGGUUGUGUGAGCAGCACAUGGGGCAUGGGGUAAGGACCUUGGCUGUUCCUUGCCUUGCUGCUUCAGUAAGCCAAGAGAAAUCAGAGCUCUGCUCAUGGAGAGGAAAGUAGGCUUUUUCUGUCAUCUCUGCCUGCCCCAUUUUCUUCCUUACGCUGCAGUUGGCUGUGGUGGUCAGACCGUUACCGACGUCAGCGUGUUCGAAUGACCUGACUUGAGCGCUGUUGGGGAGGGAGGCUGAUCCUUAUUUCUGCUAGGAAGUACCAAAUAGAUCCACCUAUAGUACUUAUAAAUGAAUGUAUCUCACUGUCUGCACCGGCAGUACAGAUCAUAGGUUACUUUCUUUAAGUAGAAGGCCAAAUGCAGUGAAGAAAG